CCAGGCUGGUAUUUGCUGCUUGAUGUAAAAUGCCCCAUAGCUAUGUUGUAACACAUCUGAAGAAUUGAUUUAUGAUGGUAUUACCAUCUGUUAUAUUACAUACUUUUAUAACUCAGUAGAUAAAGAUGUGACUUUAAUUCCCACAAUUAGAUGGGAGCAGUGGCUGCUGCUGUGAAGAGGAGAUUGCAGUAACUGUUCAUUCUUCUCCCACCACCAGAUGCAUUUGUCAGUUUCCUUGUGCCUUCCCCAGUGCUCCCUCAUAUAUUACUCACUAUAUCCACAGAGCAAGCUAGAGAUUAGGGUAUGUGCAGUCAAACAGCAGAUUCCCAGACUUUAUUCUAUAUGCAGUGCUGAGUGAAGAACACAGACAUGCUCUGUGCAGGAGCAUCAGCAUCCACACGAGAGCAUACUGGAGCUGUAUGCUUCUCAGUCAUCUGCAAGGAAGCUUGGACUUUAUGAAUGGGAAUACCUAAUUAUAGUGUGUGAACUCUUUCUGACUGACAAUGCAUGGGUUAAAGAGGAGCCUGAAACAAGGAGGAAGGCAGCAGCACCUACCCACCAUUGCCUCCUACAUGGAUCAAGAUGCUGCUGCUGUGGUCCUGGUGGGGAACACAUUGGCACCAGAAAGGUUAGUGUAGGCAACAAAUGAAGUCCAUCUCUUACUCCACAGUGAGUCCAGAGGACCUGCCCACAGCUUAUGAACAGCACAACAGUCCUUGUAGAGAUCCAGUUUGGUCUUGCCAGCCCCAUUCAACCUCACAGAGAUGAUGGAGGUGAACAGGACCUGUCUUGACUGCUGGACGCCUGGAACAGCUGGUGCAGAGAGAGAGGACCAAGCCUCCCCUGGGCUGACCACUGCUUUGGCUGUUGUCCUCAUUUUCACCAUUAUUGUGGACAUCUUGGGCAAUGUACUGGUCAUUCUGUCCGUUUUCAGGAACAAGAAGCUCCAGAAUCCUGGCAACAUAUUUGUCGUCAGUUUAUCUGUUGCGGAUCUGGUGGUAGCAGUAUACCCAUAUCCAGUUAUUCUUAUAGCAAUUUUCCAUAAUAGAUGGACGCUGGGAUACAUCCAUUGCCAGAUCAGUGGCUUUCUGAUGGGACUGAGUGUCAUCGGUUCUGUUUUCAACAUUACAGCCAUAGCUAUUAACAGGUAUUGCUACAUCUGCCACAGCCUGCAGUACGACAAGCUUUAUAACCAGAAAAGCACAAUUUUUUACCUCUGCUUAACUUGGAUAUUGACUGUUAUUGCUAUUGUGCCCAACUUUUUUGUUGGAUCUCUACAGUAUGACCCGCGGAUUUUCUCAUGCACCUUUGCCCAGACUGUCAGCUCUUCAUACACAAUUACCGUAGUUGUGGUGCAUUUUAUUGUCCCGUUGGCUGUAGUAACAUUCUGCUACUUCAGGAUAUGGGUCUUGGUUAUUCAAGUUAAGCACAGAGUAAGACAAGAAUCUAAGCAGAAGCUUACACAAACAGAUCUCCGGAACUUUUUGACUAUGUUUGUUGUGUUUGUACUUUUUGCCGUGUGCUGGGGACCUCUAAACUUCAUUGGCCUUGCUGUAGCCAUAAAUCCUUUUCAGGUGGCACCAAAGAUCCCAAAUUGGCUUUUUGUGUUGAGCUACUUCAUGGCUUACUUUAACAGCUGCCUCAAUGCAGUCAUCUAUGGUCUUCUUAAUCAAAAUUUCCGCAAAGAAUACAAAAGAAUACUGAUGGCCUUGUGGACUCCAAGAUUAUUGUUUGUUGACACUUCGAAAUGUGGGACGGAGGGAGCUAAAAGCAAGCCAUCUCCAGUUGUUACAAAUAACAAUCAGGCUGAUGUGUGUGUUUGAACAAUCCGGACAGCCAUUUUAUAUGUAUUUUCAUUUAUACAGAAUUAUUUUUAGCAUUUUCUCACCAUGUGCCUGUCAUCAUACACUUUGUCCUUAUUCUAAACGAACAAAAUAUACAAUAUCUGAUAUACUGUACAACAAUCUAUGCUGAUCUUAAUUAAAAAAGGAAAUUACACUUGCAACAUUUUGUACCGUAAGAUUCUGAAUGUUGUUUCCAACUGUUAUUGUUGUCAUUGGAUUUUAUGGUAUAUUUACAUAUUUAAUGCACUUGCUCAAUGCAGACAGUACAAUGUAGUCAAUUUGUGUUGAAGAGUUUUACCUUGGGUGACAAGCUCACAUUCAAACAGUGAUUUGGGUAUUCUAGCUGUCAGAAAUAGGCCUUACUCAGGCUUCCCAAACAACGCUUAUGUAUAUUUUUAGCAAAAACAAAGUAAGCAAACAUAAUCAUGAAAAUUAGGGUUUCAUGUACCUCAGUUGAAAGUCUCCCCCUAAGGCUGUUUCCACUAGUUUUUUUUA